UUCAUUUUGAUUCCGCCGAUUAGUUAUUUUAAUUCUAAAUAUGUCAGAAAAUUGUGAAAAUGUUUAUUUUGUUUCCCAAAGACUGAUGUUUGCAAAAUGUCUUGUUUUGUCCACAAAAGAGCACAAACAAAAAUAUCCACGUUGAAGAAACUGGAAUCAAAUAAUUUUUGGACCUUUUUUCUUAAUCAAUUAAUCAAACAGCUUAGGUGAUUGUUAAAAUAGUUGGCAAAUAAUCGAUUAAUUGCUGCGGCUGUAAUUUUUAUGGUUUAUAAAAAUCAGUUUUGUGCGAGGAUGCAGCCUCACCGAUCCAGAGCCUAACACAGGGAUUUUAUGGAGACCCAUGUCGUCCCCAUUGAGUUUCUUUGGGAAUAUUUAUGUCUAUGGAUAGCAAGCAGGAGAUGUCUUUGUCCUUCUAUUGACUAACAACUUUUUACAACGCUCUGCUGUGCUGCCUUCUUCUUACUUCCCUCUCUGUCACAGCACAAGAAAAUAAUAUGAGCAGCUGAAACCAUUUAAAAAACACAGAUGGAGAGACUGAGUGGGGCAAUCGCUGAUGGUCAAAUUAUUCUGAAAUCAUACGAAAUCGAGAGAAACAGUGCUCUAUUAACAUUAAAAAUAAAGCCUGACUCUUUCCUCUGUGUAAUCAUUGCUAAUCAAGCCUCUGCAGACACUCAUGUAACAGGUCAACUGAGUGAGGGUGAGGUUCCUUUUUAUAAGACAGGAGUUUCACUUCCCUGUUUUUAAGAGCUACUUCCUUAUGUUCAGCAUUUUCCAGCGCAGUAGGUGUUGAUACGUAAGUCAGUAUAAUUUCCAUUAGCUCACUUUGGAAGAAAGAGACUCGACCUACAGUCACUGUGGUUGGACAAUAACAGGAAGCUUGUUCGAUGUCGGCGAGGAUCGACAGGAACCCUGAGCCCAGCAGUAAGAAACGAGUCCUGAUCUUUUGGAGAAGCGACACAUGAACUGAUAAGCUGUGGAUCUGUGAGCUGGUGAGAUGGAGGAAGCGUACAGUGAGCUGUACAAGGAGUUCCUUCGCCUGAGGUCACUCUGCCUCAAACAAGCAGCUCUGUUACAUCAACUCGCGACGGCUCUGCAGGAACAGCAAGCUGCAGCCCUUCCUAAUGGGGAGGGGGGUGAUAUGAUGUCCAUCCCUGUGCAGUGCACCCAAGAAAUCCCUGAAUGUCUCCUUGAAAAUCCUCAGCCACUAACAGCCACAGCACACAGCGCUGCAGCGCAGUGUUGCGUCGUCGAUCGCCUCUCUAGAAAUGUGGGCACUUUCUCUGAUCUCCUCGCUGAAGAUAUGUCCAAGCUCUGUAUGGAAGGGCCUCAUCGGACUAAGGUAAAGCAGGAGUCGGGGCAAAGUGUUGCACCUUUGCUGACCGUGGACUCCUGGAUGUGGCAAGGAGCUUCUUCGAAUGCCUCAGGAAAUGCCUUGCAAGCAGAUCAUCUGUGUGGAGACGUGGCGAUGCGCACAGUUAGGAUGCUUGCGACAGACAGACCCUCCCUGCCCGCCGACUUGCGGACUCUGUCUGACGGGAUGCUGAUGUCAGACGUGGCGCUGCAGUCUAACGUUUGUGAGUUCUGCCAGGCAGCUUUCCCCGGAGACACAACCACCAGAGGAGAGUUCCUACGACACCUUUACACCCACAUCACCUAAAUACCUAGAUAUGUCUUUUUCUCCCGAUAUAUGAGAUAUAUGUUCAUAUGAUGUGCUGUGAUGGAGCAGUUCUACCUUUGGAAACAGUGCUGAGUAGACCUGUUCUUUAUGUGGUUAGCUGUUUGCCUGUUUGGGUGAACUGUGCAGAUGCUGGCAUGAUUUUCUGUCUCUGAAAUGUGAACUGAAGGGUUUAAAUAGACUUACUAUGCAUCACAUGUAUGCAAAAUACUGAGAUAUUGUAUUGUAAAGACUCAUUUUCCCAUAUUACACAAAACUGUUUCUUACUUUUUCUUCUGUUGAAACUAGUGUAAAUCUAAGCCAAUCUAGACCUGAGCAAAAUGAUACCAAAACACACCAAAACUGUCUCUGUGUGGCCAGAUACCAGUAGUUUGCUCGCUGUUUAAGCUAUGUGGCUCACACAGAGUAUUGAUUAUUAACCAUAUAUAAUCACUGCGCAGUUUGUAGUUUCGACCUGCAAGAACUACGUUUCCUCUUGUAAUUCAUCUGUCUUUCACGUGGAAGCAUCCCUACUUAAUGUACACUGAUUGUGAUCCUCCCCAGAUGCCUUAAUGUAGCUCAUAAUAAUACCUGUGAAAACACUUUUUCUACUGUGGACAGCAAAAACAUGUAGAUCUUUAUGGCUUGCAUUCAGUUGGAAUUGUAAUAGGAUGUUCAUUGUUGAAAUAAAAAUAUUAACUUGU